UCCUCCAUUUCAUUCAGUAGGACACAUCUUCCUCCAUUUCAUUCAGUUGGACACAUCUUCCUCCAGUUCAUUCAGUUGGACACAUCUUCCUCUGUUUCAUUCAGUAGGACACAUCUUCCUCCAUUUCAUUCAGUUGGACACAUCUUCCUCCAGUUCAUUCAGUUGGACACAUCUUCCUCCAUUUCAUUCAGUAGGACACAUCUUCCUCCAUUUCAUUCAGUUGGACACAUCUUCCUCCAGUUCAUUCAGUUGGACACAUCUUCCUCUGUUUCAUUCAGUAGGACACAUCUUCCUCCAUUUCAUUCAGUUGGACACAUCUUCCUCCAGUUCAUUCAGUUGGACACAUCUUCCUCUGUUUCAUUCAGUAGGACACAUCUUCCUCCCUUUCAUUCAGUAGGACACAUCUUCCUCCAUUUCAUUCAGUUGGACACAUCUUCCUCCAGUUCAUUCAGUUGGACACAUCUUCCUCUGUUUCAUUCAGUAGGACACAUCUUCCUCUGUUUCAUUCAGUAGGACACAUCUUCCUCCAUUUCAUUCAGUUGGACACGUAUCUGUAAUGUAUGUUGACUUGCUGGUCAAGGGAAAUGCAAGUUUACUUCUUUGAGUUGCUGAGUCAGAGGCGCUAAGCCUUGUGGGAUAUUAAUGAAUGUGAACUCAGCAACCGUAAUUCCAGAACAGUCCCACUGUUGUAAUAGUGUGAUGUGUAUCUUCUGACAGACUCUAUGCUGAGUAAAAUCAUGUUUUUAUCCUAAAACGUUUUUCUACCAGAACCAAAGUGUGGAUGCAGUCACUAUUUAGAGCAGUCUAAUCUCAUUAACCCAGAACUAUAAUCUCAUUAACCCAGAACUAUAAUCUCAUUAACCCAGAACUAUAAUCUGUGUGAUUAAGUUCUGGGUCCAUACAUGUUAGAAACUACAGUAGGUGCGUCACAUGUUAUUUGUUACAGCAGUUUCCAUGGAAACAUACAGAGGGGUUUAUGCAAAUCAACCCUUUCUGUCUUGACACAUGAAGGAGGAGUCUCUGAAAACCUAUUUAAAUCAGUCUGUCCUGACUCAGCUCAACAGUCUCCAGUCUACCAACUGGUCUCUGUAAUAACUAUUUAAAUCAGUCUGUCCUGACUCAGCUCAACAGUCUCCAGUCUACCAACUGGUCUCUGUAAUAACUAUUUAAAUCAGUCUGUCCUGACUCAGCUCAACAGUCUCCAGUCUACCAACUGGUCUCUAAUAACUAUUUAAAUCAGUCUGUCCUGACUCAGCUCAACAGUCUCCAGUCUACCAACUGGUCUCUAAUAACUAUUUAAAUCAGUCUGUCCUGACUCAGCUCAACAGUCUCCAGUCUACCAACUGGUCUCCGUAACUUCAUCUUUGUCUCUGUGGUGUACAGUCUUCAGGUGAUGAUGGGGGUAUUGAAUCAUCUCUCUACUCUCCUCCUCCUCUCUCUCCUUCCUCCUGCUCUCUCUCAUGUAGUGGAUAAGUUCAGUGAUGUUCCACAGUGCCCGAAGUUCUUCCUGGAGGGGACAACUCCAAAUCUCCCAGGUAUUUUGGUUGGUGGGACAGUCCAGGACCAGAACCGCUACAAGCCGAUUUGCCAGAAGUACAAGGACACCUACAGGUUUGCAACUCUCUACGACACGACCAACAUGAUCCCUGUGUUCUCAGCCUACACCUUCUCUGGUCCUCCUACAGACCCCAGACCAAAAGGUCAACCCUGGAUGAUCGAGCCCCAGCUUGAAGGUAUAGAUGUAGAAGAGAUGAAAACCCAACAUGAGGUGAAGGUGCUUAAUAAUAAUACAGAUAUAGGAGUCGACCAUCAGGCUGUGGACACAGACUACAGUGCAACAAUAAGUAGCAUGGAUCUGGACAGAGGUCACCUGUUCCCAUGUAACGCCGCACCUGAUGAUGCUACCAUGAGGUCCACUUUCACCCUGACAAACGCAGUUCCCCAGGAAAGAGGCUUCAACCGAGGCAGAUGGAAGACGAUGGAGUGCUGAGUCAGACAAGCUCUUGUGUAUAACUGUAAGGAUAACAACAACAAGAUAGAAGCCUAUGUGGUGACUGGAGCAGUUCCCAACAACAACAACAACAACAAACUGAACAACAGAGUGAACAUGCCAGAUCUCCUGUGGACAGCCUUCUGCUGUUACAACAACAACCUGAAACAGUGGACGGUCGGAGCACACUGGGGGGAGAACAACAAUGACAAUGGGAAAAUAUUGAACCUGGAAACCUUGGGAAAACUCGAAGCCAAGUUGAAGCAAAGCUACAAUGGUAAUGUCAAGGUGUUUCACGAUAACUGUCCAAGAAACGUUAAAGUACAACAGGUUGAGCGUGUAGAAGAGGUUGAGCCGGGGGAAAAGAGGGAAGGGAGAGGAGAGCAAUAAGAUGGCGAGAGCAUCAGGGGAGUUAAAAGAACGUGAUGACGAGAAUGGAUGUGAUUGUGACUGUAAUUCCCACAACUAUUGAGUACACAUUGGUUCAGUAAUAAGGGUUAAAAGGUUAUAAUGGGUUAUAAUGGUUAUAAUAAGGGUUAUAAUGGUUAUAAUUAAGGGUUAUAAUGGUUAUAAUAAGGGUUAUAAUGGUUAUAAUUAAGGGUUAUAAUGGUUAUAAUGGUUAUAAUAAGGGUUAUAAUGGUUAUAAUGGUUAUAAUUAAGGGUUAUAAUGGUUAUAAUGGUUAUA